AUGGCUGAAACGUAGAAGCGAACUGCAUAAGAGGAAACAUUGGAAAAAGGACCUUUUGGUUUGUUGACAAUUACAGUGAGUCACAAUACACAAGUGCUAAUAGAGCUUAGAAAUAAUAGAAAACUAUUAGGAAGAGUUAAAGCAUUCGAUCGACAUAUGAAUAUGAUCCUUGAAAAUGUGACUGAAAUGUGGACAGAAAUCCCCAAGGGAAACAAGGGAAAGAAAGCUCAUGCUACAAACAAAGAAAGAUUUAUUCCAAAGAUGUUUUUAAGAGGGGAUUCCGUGAUUUACAUCUUAAGAAAUCCUAAGUGAUAUUAUUGAAAUUAUAAAAAACCUCUAUGAGAAAUUAUUAGA